AUGUGCGCCAUUUUACUCGCCGACGGCCUACUCCUGAAGAUGGCUUACCGCAAAGGACAAGAGUCGCGGGAUCAGAGGGAAAACGUGUCAAGGGUUACAGGCAGAGAGAGCGCUGUGUUACAGCUCACAACUUCCCGCGUAGACACAUCUUACCUUCCAAAACAGGCUUUACUUGUCAACUACAACAGCGCCGUCUUCUUCAUUCCCUCUGCUCUUGCCUCUCCAACGUCCGCGUCCUUCCGCACCCGCCACCACGCCCGGCCUUUCCAUAAGGAAUCACGGAGGAUGCUGCAAACGACUUCUCCUCUCCUCUCCGACCCCAAUCCCAUGCUGGUCUUCGAAUGCAGCAUUCUACUUGUGCGCGUGAGCGAGCGAAGCUCUCGCUUCAUCUUCUCCCCAUCUUCCUCACAUCUUCGUCAAGCUCCAGGUCGACGACUACCUAGCCGUGCCCCACAUCUCCCCUUCAACCGCAGCCUAACUAACGUGUCAAUUUCUGCCUCCGGCUCUCUCCCUCUCCCUCGCCCCCCGUCCUUGUCGGCAACCCACAUCCCUCCCUUUUCCUUUCCCGUCACCUUUUGUCUGGCUUACAUUUCGGGAGAAAUCGGCCAGGUCACGUGCCUCGCCGAGCCUCCGGCGCCAGCGCCGACUAGACGAGCGCGACUUGUAUCGCUCUACCCAGAACCUCGCUCCGCUUCCUUCUUUCGGGCUGGGCUAUUGGGGCAUUGGGCGGGAAGCCCGUCGUUGUCGAUGGGCACAUUGGAGAGGCGGGGGCGGAAACGCAUGUUUCGGUCGUCAACUUGCGUCGCAGAAAUCUUCAGCCUGAGAGCAUGGAUCCCCUUGAGACGCGCACACGAUCUUCGCGCGCCAGACUAG